AUGGCUUCUUCUUCUCAAGACCCUGCCGUCACUUACACACCUGUUGUGAAAACUUCCUCUGCAGCUACAAAUAGACUUAGCAGAGCAUUUCUUUCGCCGCCAGGAGAUCUCGCAAAUCUCGCCUGUGAUGAUGUUGGCGAUGGAAUUGGCGAUUAUGACGAUAUGGAUGAAGAUGAUGAUGAUUUUGACGAAGAUGAUGAUGACGAUGAUGAUAAUGAUGGUGACAAUACUAACUUCAAAUCUGGUGGUGCCGAAGACCCAUCCAAGUACAAACUCGAGAUUCGGAUAGCCCAAGGAGGCCCUAAUGAUAAGGACGACGUACUGGCUCUCAGUAAUGAAACCCUUUGGGAUAUCUUUGACCUGGUAUUUGAAUGCGAAAACUAUCAUUCGCUUAAUAAAACCAUUUAUACUCCAGAAUUCCGCAAAUCCAUGAAGCACCAGUACAAUCUCUCUCGCAAUGCUCUUUUUGCCGCUGUUAAUCCCAAAUUUACUCGUCUAUGGGGGGCACUAACUACUUCCUCUUCUUCCUCUUCCGAAGCCAGACUUGCAGCUUCCCUGGUCCCAGCACUUUCAUCCGCCCAGCAUAUUCUUGAGGACGAACAAACUCCAGAAUCAGACCCCAAGUUUGUGGCUAAAGCAGUGCGCUCCUGGCUUACAGGAGAUGUGACCCCCCAACUCGCUAGCCUAUGGGCUGAUUUAGAUGCAGAGGCCACGCAGCACCAUCACACUAAACAAAGCGGAAUCCCUGGAACGCACUACAUUGCAAACCUCCUCAAAGAAACAGAUUUCAUUGAAAGUAUCAACAGAGAUGCUGCACGCCGCAAAAAACUUAUGGACACUGUCGUCAUUGAUCUUGCAAGUAUUGUGUCUAUUGGAGCUGCAGGCCCAAACAAUGUCAUAUCCCCUACAUCUUCAUCAUCCUCAUCAUCAUCAUCCUCUACAGCCACCCAGAUGACCACCAUGGGCCCGCUCCUUGCUGCAAAAAUGGUCUCUGACACCCUCCCCAUUGCCCACAUCUCUCGCUUUAUCCCACAUCUUGCUCGCUACCUCUACGCCAAAAAUGUCUCUAAGCUUAACUCUAUGCUGCUUCAGCAGAUCAAGGACGUCAUUGUCGAUAACAUUCCAGAACUCCCUGAAACGCUUGAGCGCGGAAUGGCUUCAAUAAACGACUUUGAGGCCUUGACUCAUCUUUUUGCUCGCUACAUUGACGAUGCCCUCUCGCCCCUCUCAUCAACUGUUUCGUUGCUCAGUGGUAUCAAAAUGGAUACCGAAGUUGGGUCUUCUGCUUCAAUCACAGCCGCAGUUAGUGGUGCUAAUACCCCAAGUGCUGGGACUCCGAGCUCCACAUUAUCUGGUGGUAUUCGACCCCUGAGACUUGCCGGUGCCUCGGCUUCUCCUUCUACAGAUCAUGCGUCUUCCUCCUCCUCCUCUUCGUCUUCGUCUUCGUCUUCUCACGGUAAUAACCGUUACUCUAUUCCCUUUUUCCCAAAUUCUCACCGACGUACCGUCUCCUACUCCUCCGUGGCUACUUUGGCUGGUACUAAUGUGGCCUCUUCUCCAGGGGGUGGCAGCAGUUCCUCCCGCACCCCAUCGUAUGGUUCACAACCCCCACAGCCUUCCUCCCCAGCAACCGCCUUACAACAACAACAACAACAACAACAACUUCAGCCCAGCAACAACAUUCUCUCGUCUGCAGGCUCUGCUCUCGCUAACGUGGAUGUCUCAUCUGCAAUCCCGCUUACUCCAGCUGAAGAACAAACCAUCAUCGGACCUUUGCUUGCACCGCUCGUGUCUCUCGGUCUCGUGGCCCAAAACCUCGAAUCUAUAUAUCCAGAUUACCUCUCGUUUGUCAGUGCAGCCUUUGCUGCAUGGUCGGAUGUUGCAGCCACCCCAACUACAACAACCCCCCAGUCUACCCUUACCAAUGGAAUUGUUUUCGGUGCAAAUUCUUCCUCACCACCUUCUCGUCAAGGAAGUGCCCCGACUACUCCAGGCUCAUCAACUCCCUUUGAUGGACAGCUGCCAGAAAGUAUCCGUACGUUAACAGCUCUCGGCGGAAUCUACCUCACUCUAGCUCAACAUGGUACCACGGCAAAAGUUCCAGCUAUUGGCCGCUGCUUUGCCGUGCUGCACUCUUAUGCUGGUAGAAUCCCCGGGCUUGCGGCCCGUGACCUCCACGCACUCCGCAAAAAAGUCGUACUUACUUACACCGACUGGGUCCAGACACAGCCUCCUUCUGCACUUCUUGUUGGUCACCGGCGUGCAAGCGGAUCGGUGGCUAGCACUGCUCUUGGUGGUGCAGGAAAUGGUGCUAAUGGGCUGCAGGUCCGCAAGAAUGCAGCAAAUGGAGGCCAGAUCAAACUUCCUGUACAAAACUCAACUGCGCGGGUAUCAAAGCAGCGCAGUGUUUCAGGGGCUUCCACUGGAUCUUCCACAGAGGCACUUGUUAAAAAGCAAUCUGCAUCGUCAGCAACACCCACUGCUUCUGCACCUACUGAAACUUCUACUGAAGAAUCUGUGCCAACAAAUCUCCCUGCGCCAUGCCAAAAAUGUUUCCAUAACCAUAAGGGUAAUAACUGUGCACGUAAAUGUUAUGUGUGUCGUAUGGCAAAGCUUGCUGCACAACAUGGUCAUAUUGUGGAGCUUGUAACAGCAUUACCUUCUGGAGAGGCAUCUACAGCCUUGACUUCUAAUGAAACGGGUGAUCAACAGCAGCAACAGCAGCAGCAGCAGCAACAACCACGGGAUAAGAGUCGCGAGAGACCCCGCAGUGGAAUUGAAAUGUCGAAGCAUGCUACAUCGGAUGUUCAGCGAAGUAGCAGUCGCAGUAACCUUGGACGCAACAGUUCAAUGAGACGGCCAGACAAUCGGAUUCAACAGCAGCAGCACCAACAGCAGCCCCAACAGCAGUCACAACAGUCGCAUAACAAUUAUUACAAUAACAAUAAUCAUUAUAAUAAUAAUAACACGAGUGGUGGUUACAAUAAUAACCAAAACUAUAACAACAACAAUAAUAAUAAUAAUAAUAACAAUAAUAAUAAUGUAAUGAGGAAGAAUACCCAUCGUCGGACAUAUUCUGCAGUAAACCAGGGAGGCAAUUUUAAUUCCAAUCACAAUACGAAUUACAAUAAUAAUCUCAACAAUAACAAUAGUGGUUCUUAUUAUCAUCACACUUCUAGCCAGAGUUCAAGUGGAUCUUACAACAAUGGUGGAAAUAAUAAUAAUAAUAACAAUAAUAAUAACUACAAUAAUAACAACACCAACACCAACACCAACACCAACAUCAACAGCAAUUAUAAUAGCAACUUCAACAAUAAUAACAGACAAGGUGGUCACAGACGGACACAGAGUACUGCGGCGAGUAAGUUUGGAGCACGAUUGAACUUUGAUUCAUAA